AGUAUGCUCCUGGCUGCUUUGUACUGCCUGCUAUGGAAUUUCCAGACCUCUGUUGGCCAUUUCCCUCGAGCCUGUGCCUCCUCCAAGAACCUGAUGGAGAAGGAAUGCUGCCCACCAUGGAGGGGUGACUGGAGUCCCUGUGGCCAGCUUUCAGGCAGGGGUUCCUGUCAGGACAUCCUUCUGUCCAAUGCACCGUCUGGGCCCCAAUUCCCCUUCACAGGGGUGGAUGACCGGGAGUCUUGGCCCUCCGUCUUUUAUAAUAGGACCUGCCAGUGCUUUGGCAACUUCAUGGGAUUCAACUGUGGAAAUUGCAAGUUUGGCUUUCGGGGACCAAACUGCACACAGAGGCAAUUCUUAGUGAGAAGAAGCAUCUUUGAUUUGAGUGCCCCAGAGAAGAACAAAUUUCUUGCCUACCUCACUUUAGCAAAGCAUACUACCAGCCCAGACUACGUCAUCCCCAUAGGCACCUACGGCCAAAUGAAUAAUGGAUCAACACCCAUGUUUAAGGACAUCACCAUUUAUGACCUCUUUGUCUGGAUGCAUUAUUAUGUGUCAAGGGACACACUGCUUGGAGGAUCUGAAAUCUGGAAAGACGUUGAUUUUGCUCAUGAAGCACCAGGUUUCCUGCCUUGGCAUAGACUCUUCUUGUUGCUGUGGGAACAAGAAAUUCAGAAGCUGACAGGGGAUGAGAACUUCACUAUUCCAUACUGGGAUUGGCGAGAUGCAGAAAACUGUGACAUUUGCACAGAUGAGUACAUGGGAGGGCAUAACCCAGCAAACCCAAACCUGCUCAGCCCAGCAUCCGUCUUCUCCUCUUGGCAGAUCGUCUGUAGCCAAUUGGACGAGUACAACAGCCGUCAAGCUUUAUGCAAUGGAACUCCGGAGGGACCGAUACUGCGCAAUCCCGGAAACCAUGACAAAGCCAGGACCCCGAGGCUUCCCUCCUCAGGUGAUGUGGAAUUUUGCCUGAGUUUGACCCAGUAUGAAUCGGGUUCCAUGGAUAAAGCUGCCAAUUUCAGCUUUAGAAAUACACUGGAAGGAUUUGCUAGUCCACUUACUGGGAUAGCAGAUGUGUCUCAGAGCAGUAUGCACAACGCCUUGCACAUCUAUAUGAAUGGAACAAUGUCUCAGGUACCGGGAUCUGCCAAUGAUCCCAUUUUUCUUCUUCACCAUGCAUUUGUUGACAGUAUUUUUGAACAGUGGCUCCGAAAGUAUCAUCCUACUCAAGAAGUUUAUCCAGAAGCCAAUGCACCCAUUGGACACAACCGGGAAUCCUACAUGGUUCCUUUUAUACCUCUCUACAGAAAUGGUGAUUUCUUUAUUUCAUCCAGAGAUCUGGGCUAUGACUAUAGCUACCUACUAGAAUCAGAUUCGGACUUUUUUCAAGAUUACGUUAAGCCCUACUUAGAGGAAGCAAGUCGGAUCUGGCCGUGGCUCCUCGGGGCAGCUAUGGUAGGAUCUGUGCUCACUGCUGUGCUGGGAGGGCUCACUAGCCUGUUAUGUCGUCGCAAGAGAAAGCAGCUCUCUGAAGAAAGGCAGCCGCUCCUCAUGGAAAAUGAGGAGUACCACAGCUUGUUGUAUCAGAGCCAUUUAUAA